CCAAUCAGUGGUGUGACGCCACCCCAACUGCUACCCAGCUACUGUACUCAACGUAGCCAUAUUGUUGUUACUUUUAAGGCAACUAGCGAGAGAUCCGCUGUCUGCGGACGGCAAGAUAGGGGCUUUCAAUUUUGGAAUACACGGAGCAAUUAUUAACUUAUUAAUUACCAAAGAAGUUACAGUCGGGCGAGACUAAGAUGGUGGACCGGCUGGCGAACAGCGAGGCCAACUCCAAGCGCAUCGGGGUAGUGGAGGGCUGCUUCGGCGCGGCAGGUCAGCCACUCGCCAUCCCAGGCCGCGUGCUCAUCGGCGAGGGCGUGCUCACCAAGCUGUGCCGCAAGAAGCCCAAGGCGCGCCAGUUCUUCCUCUUCAACGACAUCCUGGUGUACGGCAACAUCGUCAUCCAGAAGAAGAAGUACAACAAGCAGCACAUCAUUCCGCUGGAGAGCGUCACCAUCGACACAGUGCCCGACGAGGGCGAGCUGCGUAACGGCUGGCUCAUCAAGACGCCCACCAAGUCCUUCGCCGUCUACGCCGCCACCGCCACCGAGAAGUCCGAGUGGAUGAGCCACAUCGGCAAGUGCGUAGGCGACCUUCUGGAGAAGAGCGGCAAGGCGCCAACCGGAGAGCACGCCGCGGUCUGGGUGCCCGACUCGGAGGCCACCAUCUGCAUGCGCUGCCAGAAGGUCAAGUUCACGCCCAUGAGCCGCCGCCACCACUGCCGCAAGUGUGGGUUUGUGGUGUGCGGGCCGUGCUCGGAGAAGAAGUUCUUGCUGCCCAGCCAGUCGUCCAAGCCGGUGCGUGUCUGCGAGUUCUGCUACGUGCAGCUGAGCUCGGGGGGCAGCCUGGGGGUGCGUUCAGACUCCUACAGCAGAUACGGCCCCAAGUACAACAGCAACAACAUGUCGGACGAGGACGACGAGGACGACAGCAGUGACUGAGGAAGCCCCCCCCCCCCCCCCCCCACCUUGUUCUUGUUUUUUGUUUAUUUUGGGAACAAAAUAUUAUAUUCAUUACUUGGGGCUUUGUCUCAUUUGUUAUUGGUUUUCUGAUGAAGUUCCACAGGAGUCUCCAACUGUGACAGUGUUGUUAACAUAGUGUAGUUGGAUUGGUAAACAUCUGAACACUAGGCAUAAACUGACUGCUUCCUAAAAUGACACUUUUGCUCCACAGUCCAUUCUUUCUGUAAUUAAGUACUAAUCAAUAGUCCUCACUACAAGAGAGAAAGACACCCUAACUGUCCUUAUCUUAUUCCGUCUACAAUCUUUCCCUGUAGUAUUGACAUGUAUUUUUCUACAGAUGGAGUGCUAAAGUCCUUAAAUUAUGCUAACCAUUGUUGUGGUGAAAAGCAAAUGUUUGGCUGACUGUCAAUGGGUAAGCUAUAAAUAUUUCAGGUAAUAUACCAAACAGUGCAUUUAUUCACUAGUUUCUUCAGGAUUUUCUACCCUCUAUUUUACCGUACGCUCAAUAUUUUUCUUUAAAGCAGAACUGAAGGGCCCUCCUAUUAAGUAACAACUCAAAUGUAUGCAAAAUCCUGGCUUGUGUAGUCAGCCUUACUAGUUGUUGGUUUUGUAGAUUUGCUUAUGACAGAUCACCUCAUGCUUUGUGAACAAGCCUUGUUAUGUGUGCGAGAAAGAUACAUAUUGAGUGUAGAAAGUAAUAAAGAAAUUGCAGUUCAUCUGCAAACAUUGGCAUGAUUACACAAUAUAUUAAACAAUUCCGGCAGUAAGCUGUCCCAAAAAUACUUGCCUUCAUGUCACAUAGUGCCUCUACAGUGAAGAGCUAGUUGUAAUUUUGUAGCUAUGAAAUGUACAUUUCUAGGUAUCAGAUUAUAUGUGAGUGCUGUAUUUUAGCAGUAUAAGUACAGUACAAAAAUGGAUGUAGGGCAGUGUAUAUUCCGAUAAUGUGCAUAUUUCGAUUUUUUUAUAGAAUCAAUGUCUCUCUUUCAUGUUCUUUUUAAAUUAUGGAUGGAACUUGUCACCAAUACGUUAUACAAAGCUUUAUAUAUAUAUAUAGUUCCGUGCUGCAAAUGGUUCUUCCUUGCUCAGUUUUGUGACAGACUUCUGGGUUGAGUUUGGUUGUUCGUUUUUCUUGACUGAGACUGACUGACUGCAACAAUGAGGAAAUCUGCCCAUUGUCUUCCAGCCACUGUCAUCACCUCAACAUAAAACUGCUUCCUAACAUGACUUUCAGAGGUCGGAGGUUAAAGCCUGUACAGAAACCACCUCAGCAACCCCCCAGUACAGCAGAACUCUCAAGAAAAAAACUAAAAAACUAAACUUAAACUCUCAAAUAAUCUGUUGGUCACUCCCCUUUAUUUCAACGUAAACACACACGUGCUGAAGAUUCCCCUGCCGCUUAACCAGGAAGUGAAAAGCUCCAUAGAGGAACAGUGGAAAAACUACCCACCACCAACCUUCAGUCUACUGCUAUGCUGCUGGGAAGUGAAUGUGAAAGGCAUUACCAAAUGCUGUUUUUUUACUGGCUCUGCUGAAGAGAGCAUAGUCUCAUGGCUUCCACAAUGGGUCAAGGUUUCUCUUCCUCUUUCUCCAUGUGUUUCCUCUGAUUGGCUCCCGGUUUGGUAGUCUUUACACUUCCAACGAUCAGGUGGUGGAGACCUCGUGUAUAUUUUCUUGUACACAGACACAAAAACACUUUUUUAGAGUCAUUGUAGAUCUCUGGCAAUAGGACAAGAUGAUCAAUGCUUCUGAUUUGGAAUUGUGACCACUUGGUUGUCUUUAAUUUUCAGACAUCCUAAAAAAUACUUCUCGGCUAAAUCUCUAAAAGAUAUUUGUAAAAAUGGUACCCUUACAGAUUCAUUUUUGGCACAUUUGUCUUUGAAAUAAUAAAUCCAAUGCAAUACUACAUACUUGAGUUUCCAAAUUAUAUUUUUCCAGGAUUUUGCUCUGUUUUUAAUUACUUUUUUGUUUGAAUCUUGUUCGAUUUUUGAUAAAUUGUACAGUUUUUCGGAAUUAUUUUGUACAUUCAUCAUGUAGAUGUUAAAACAAUGCUGUUUCAGGUCUCCUUGUGCUCAUGUCGCCCACAAUUUUGGCGACCGGAUAAAUCACCAGCACUUUACUCUCUCCUUGUCCCUUUGAGAAGGGGUCAUAAACCGGAGCAGCAUUAUGAUAGACCAGAAACACUGACAGGAAUGGCAGUGACAUCAUCUCGGGAGGGUGAAGGAAAACCUGGGCAUAAACACAACCUGAGAUUUAGAUUGCAACCUAAGGAGAAAAAACGUUUAGUUUUGAUUGCAAAGAUAUAGGAGGGUAAUGUGAGAUUUAAAGAAAAGUGCACCAUUCUCCAAACAAGCUUUUUUUCCUCAUUUUGGGUUUUUAAACCUCUUGAAUGGAGUUUGAGUUAUUUUGUUCGGUAUUGGGUAGUAAAUAAUUUGUGAUACUCUCUUUGAAUUGUUGUUUAAAUCUUCUCAAAAGGGCUAUAACCUGAAUGUAAUCCAGCAUAUCAUUCAUAGAUACUAAUCUUUUUUUCUUCUCUGAAGUCAUUAUAUAAAUAAUGUAUUGCCUAAA